AUGGAAUUACUCUUAGCAAAGUAUGGAAAAGAAAUAGCGAAGGAAACAAUAGAAGAUGUGUUUCAACGAUGCAAUGGAAAUAUCGACUUUUGUCAACAACAAAUUAGUGAGAUGUUAAGCAACAAAAUAGGAGAAAGAAUAAAAGUGCAAGAAGAAAAGAAAGAAAAAAUUGUGUCAUACCAUACAAUCCAACAAAGUCCAAUUAACACACAACCCAUGGCUAAUUUGAACAAAUUUUCAACGAGUCAUUAUACUAUUACCCCACAAUCACCCCAAUCCAAAGUACCAAUUGCUCCAAAAACACAACCAAUUCCUUCAUCUUUAUUACCUAAAUUUUCUAAUACCCCACCUCAAGAAAUUAAUCCACCAAUACCAACAAUACCAACAAAUACAACAAUUCUACCAAAACCAAUAAUACCAACAAGCACUCCAAUUCUUCAAAAACCAAUAAUACCAACAAAUCCUCCAACUCAAGAAAUUAAUCCACCAAUACCAACAAUACCAACAAGCACUCCAAUUCUACCAAAAACAACAGUAAACCCAAUCUAUUCAAUACCAAUAUUUCCUAUUUACCCAACACCAACAAUAAAUAAUAUAAAAAGUCUAAUAAAAGAAGAAAUAAGAUAUUUACCAGAACAACCUAUUAUCAUACCUAAAGCAAAAACAGAAAUAACACCGGAAAAGACAAAUGAAAUGACAACAAAAAGAGCACAACCUAUUCUUCAAACAAGUGACAAUAAAAAUGAAGAAAUAAAAGACAGUAAUAAUGUUAUGGCAGUAAAUUUAACAGGAACAAAAAGGUUAUUGACAGACAUAACAUCAACUCGAAAUGAAGAAGAAAAAGAAAAGGAUAUUGAAAAAUUAAAAGAAGAAAAUAAAACAAUGAAAACAAUGAUACAAGAACAACAAAGAGAAAUUAAUCAAUUAAAAGAAAGAAUUGAACAAUCCAAUCAAUUAAUACGUCAAAUACUUCAAAUAUUAACUAAAUAG